AUGUCGACUCCGCGCUUUGUUCUAACUUUGCUUUUCGCGCUAUUGGGUCUGUGUGCCGUUGCCGUCGCGGAGCUGGGGACGGAGGAGGCCCUUCCGGACGACGCGGUGGAUCACGAAUUCUUGAACCACGAGGACUGGGAUAACGUGCAAGUGUCCGGAUACACCGCCGACUCGCUUUAUGAAAAAGGCGAAGACGAGAUGCAGUUCGACCCGCAAGAUGAUCUCGUUGUCCGCGGCUUUUCGACAGAGGACGAGCCGGUCGAAGAAUAUCUCCCGGAAGGCGACCGCCCGCCUUUACAGGAAGACCCCUCCAUCGCGGACGAAGAUUACAACCCCGCCGACUGGGACCUCAAAAUCGAUGCCGAGGAAGAGAAGGUCGAGAUCAAGGGGCAGGCCGUCCUUCAGAUGGCGGGAGAAGUCAAGCCGCAGCGACUUGCAGACCCUGAGAAGAACCAACCACCGCACGCCAAGGAGGCCGACUCAAAUGUUGAUGCCCUUGAUGAUGUUGUCAAGAUGGAAAAGGAGCAUGUGGCAGACACUUCUGCAGCCGAUGACCACCAUCACGACGAGGUCGUCUCAGAGAUGGAAAGCGCCGCCCAAGGUGAGCUUGCCGAAACCGACCGUGAGGAGGACAACAUGGACUUCAGUGAUGCAUCAACAGACAAUAUGCUAGACGACGAGGAUGACAUGGACGAGCUCGACGAGAUCAUGGAUGUUGACGACCUCGAGGGCGUGAAGGAGGUGUACACAGACUCGGAUCCCGACUCCGCGUUGACUGAUGAGCAGCUCGCCCAGGUGCAAGUCGAGGGGCAGGCCGUGCUCAAAGGCGACGAACAGGGGGACUUCCUAUUCGAACUUGAAGACGUGGAGCAACCGGGCGCGAUGCUUUCUAGCUCGCGCCUAGAGGAGGACUUCAUCGUCACGGGACAGUCUGUUAAGGUUGCAGACGAUGAAUACGACGACGAGGAUUCGGCUGGGGCUGAGGACAUGCUUCUUGAAGCCUCUGAACGUCACCAGAAGCACAAGAUCAAGAGGCUAUUUGAAGACUCGGUCGCCAGUCUGGAGCUGUGA